AUGCUGGUGGUCUCGCGUGGCAGGGAGAAGGUGUGGGACUCUGGGGAGCAGCCGGAACGGACACGUGGACACCGCCCACCUCAGCGCAGGGCUGCCGGGAGCUUCGGGGCCGCAUCCAGCACCCAUCCUGACUGUGCCGGCACCCAGCGAGGAGCUGGUGGCACCACCAUGUCCCAGGCAGAAGGAGGCGAAGAGACCUUCGAGUACUGCGAUGUGGUCAUCAACAGCCAGCAGAAGGUUUCGGACGUGUACACGCAGCUGGAGAAGCUGGGAGAGGGGAAGUUUGGGACGGUGUACCAGCUGCAGGAAAAAGCCACCGGCAAAAUCCGAGCUGGGAAAUAUUUCCGGACGCGGACGGCUAAAGAGAAGCAGGCGGCUCGGGCCGAGGUGGAGCUCAUGAACCUGCUGCAUCACCCGCGCCUCGUGCAGUGCCUCGCCGCCUUCCAGGGCCCCGCUGAGCUGGUGAUGGUGAUGGAGUACGUGGCAGGCGGGGAGCUUUUUGAGCGCAUUGUGGAUGAUGACUUCGAGCACACGGAGCCCAGCAGCGCCCAGUACGUGCGGCAGAUCCUGGAGGGGCUGCAGUUCAUGCACGGCCAGGCUGUUCUCCACCUGGAUGCAGGGUUCAGGCAUUUGGCACGCGUUGGGGUGCAGCUGGGCUCCCCAGGGACAUCCCAGCUGGACGCCUGCCCCAUUGUCUCCAUCUUCUCCACAGCUCCAGGCACCCCUGUGAAGGUGUUGCACGGCACCCCUGAGUUCAUGGCUCCAGAAGUGGUUGCCUUUGAGCCUGUGGGCUUCUCCACGGACAUGUGGAGCGUUGGUGUCAUCUGCUACAUCCUGCUGAGCGGGGAGUCCCCCUUCCAGGGCGACAAUGACAUGGAGACGCUGAGCAACAUCACAGCUGCCCAGUGGGACUUUGAGGAGGAGACCUUCUCGGAGAUCUCCCAGCAAGCCAAGGACUUCAUCAGCCAACUCCUGCAGAAGGACCCCCGCCGCCGUCUCUCUAGUGCGGGGGCUCUGCUGCACCCCUGGCUGCAGCAGCCCCAGCCCAGCAGCACAAAGGCACUGUCCAAGGAGAGGAUCAAGCAGUUCCUGACUCGUCGGAAGUGGCAGAAAACAGGCAAAGCCCUGCUGGCCCUCAACAGGUUGACUCUGCUGUCCCAGAGCCCGGAGAGGAAAGCAUCAGAGGCUCAGGAUGAGGAAGCAGACCUGGGCUGCAGCCUGGAGAAGGACCAAGCCUCUGGGUCUCUGCCCCGACGAGGUCCCAGCUUCUCAGAACUGCUGAUGGACCAGGAGGAAGAGGAAGCUCAGUCCCGUGCCUGCAGGGAUCAGCCCACCCCCAAAUCUCUCGUGAAACACCGCCCCGUGCACAAAGGGCCACGAGCCCUGUCCGGCCCUGUGGACAGCCCCCAUUUCACGCCCCGCUUUCACGACCUCCACCCCACCAUUGCAGCCCAGAACAACGGCCAGGAGACG